AUGAUCACUGGGAGCAAAGUGAAUGUCAAUGGAGUAGAUAAUAUCUUGAAAAACAUCGGGAUAGAAUUCACGCCGAAGGAACGUUGGAAGCUGCUGAAGACUCUGCCUGUCACCUCUGCUGGUACCGUGUAUCGCAACCGACUGUUGGAUGGUGUAAAAACUUUUCACAGAGGGAAAGGUUGUAUAAAUAAACUAGAAACCAUUAUGGAAAACCUGAACUACAAUGUUGGGGAAAAAGACAUGAAAGGUCUGCGGAGCUUCCUGAUAUCUGAUGGUACUGGGAGAUUCUCACUGAGCUCCUUGAUGAAUGCAGCCAAUUUGUUUUCUGGUGGUAAAAUAGAAGUUGAGGAUAUACAGCCAUAUCUGGAAAGCUUAGGCAUUGAAUUAACAGACAAUGAAAGCCAGAUGAUAAAGAGCAUAGUUCCAGUCGAUGAUGACAACAUGGUGUAUCAAAAUGUGUUAAUGGACGUACUGCGGACUCACAGAAGUGGAAAAGUCAGUCUUGAUAAAAUUGAUGAUGCUCUUGAACAACUGGGAUAUCCUCUUGAGGAAGAGGAAAUAGAGGAAUUGUCUAAACAUCUGCCCGUUAAUCAAGAGAGGACAGUCCGCAUGGACCUGCUUCUGGAAGAGGUCGGUAUGGUGUUAGUUCCCAAACCGAAGAGUUCCCUUGACCAGAAAGAAGUUACAUUUCUGCCACCCUCCUGA